CCAAAGUUUUCUGAAGUUCAAGAAACUUUUAGAAGAUUGAUUCGAGAAAACAUAGGGUUUUAUUUUAGACAAGCAUUGCACCAGUCUCCGUUAGGUAAUAAUGUGAAUUUAAAUCAACAGAAUUUGGAAAAUGUCAGAUUAAUCCUUUCCUCAAUAAAAACACAAAUUAGAAAUUUGACUUUACGACAAGCAAGCACCUAAGAUUUUCCCAGCAAGCUUUUAACAUAACGUGACAAACAGAUGCAAGACAGUGGUACGAAACUUUAAAGAAAUACAAGAGAGCGAGAUAAAGAAAAUAACGAAACAAACUGUGGAAAACAACAACACCCCAUAAAGAACCAAAGUAAAAGCUUGCUGGAAACUCUGGUUACGACUACUAUUUAUAAAGCGUCUUCUCUUUCUCCUUGUAUAUUGUCUUGGAGGAAACGCAAAGCAACGAAUUGGGUUCUGUUUGCUGGCAGCCUGACCUUCGCUUCGGCAGAAACUGAAGAUCCGCACAUUCAUUUGCACGAGCCGCUGUUUCUCCAAUGAUCCUCUGAGCAGCUAUGGCUUAUCAACAGGUGCCUUUAGAGUUAAUUAGAGAUGGACAGUGUACUCCUUGGGGAUUCCGGAUGACCGGAGGAGCCGAUAUUGGUGCCCCAUUGGUGAUACAAAAGGUGAGUUUUGGUAGUCCUGCAGCAGAUGGACAACUCCAGAAGGGAGACAUUAUAUUAUGCAUAAGAGAUCAAGAUGCCACUAAGAUUUCACACCAGAAGGCAACGGAUUUGAUUGCCAAAGCUGGAAGCACUCUCAAACUAAUCGUCGCUCGAAGCGCUACUAAUUCUUCUCCAGUUGCAUCAACUCCUAGUACACCAGUUGGCACUCCUCUGCGCCCUCUUCUCACACUCUCCGAUGGCAAUCAAAACAUCUUCAAGCCCCUGCCCACCACUAAUUUUGGAACGCAGCGCCAAAGACGGUCAUCCACUGAGUCAUUUACUAGUACAACCAGCAGCGACACAGAGAAAGAUCUAAUAGUUAAUCAACCUUACCGAUCUACUCCUUUAAUUCUACCGUCAGCUAAACCUUCCAAAGAUAUUCCAGUUGGUUCAUAUCUCAGAUUCGACCCAUUAAACAGGAGAACAAGUACGCCACCAAACUUAGGCCCACGUUUCGACGAUCCCUUCAUGCUUACGAAGGUGCAAGAAGCAAUAUUAGAAGCAGCCCAUUCAUCUGGUGCACCAAGUCCUCGUAGAACCCCAACACCUGACAUCGGUCUCCACAACGGGUCGCAUAUCUACCACCGCCAGUAUAAUUCUCCAAUAAAUAUGUACUCUAAUCAAGCUAUUGUUGAAGCUAUAGCAGCACAAACAGUGAUGACGAAGAAACCUCCACUCCAGGAAGCUGACGCUCUUCUGGACAAUAAGAAGCUAUUGAAUAUAAAACAGUCUCCAACCUAUCAAUUGAUACACGAUGAAGAAUGGAAGAAAGCUAAACUUGUAGAACAUGAACCACUUAAAGAACAUGUUUACAACGUAGUGCCACGUGAUAGCGAUCACUAUAAAUCUGAAAUUCAUCAGUCUGAUAGUUUCAAAGCGAUAAUGCACGAUUUAAAAGGCAUUUCAGAUUUCUGAAAUUCCAUCACAAAACUGAAACUUUCCCUUUCAAACACGAUCUAAUGUUUCGUAAAAUUGGCAGCACCAAAAUUCCCAUUAGGAAUUUGGAAAAAAAUAAUUUUCUCUUUCUCUCUUUCUAUACGUAUGUUACUGGCAAAGUGUGAAAUCUAAUGCUGUAUAUAAAACCUGAGUCUCAUUACAAUGCCAGUAAUAUGUUUAUAUAUAAAGUUAUUAAGUCACCUAUAAUUAUAUUAAAACAUAUAAGCAUUUCAUUUGAAAUUUAUUUAAAAUUUCAUCGGAACAUCUUUCUUAUUUGAAUAUGGUUCUUUAAACUCACAUUUUACAUCUUCACAAGCGUAAAAUCAUUAAAAAGUUUAUCUCUUCAUUUCAUCAGACAAUAGAUUCUGUAUAUCGAACAUCAUACCUGCUUAAUCACACAAAAUUUGUUAUUCUAUAGAAUUUGUGAAGAAAUACUGCUGUUAUACAUCAUAUUGUGAAAGCGGAUUUGAAAACAUGGAAUUGUUUAUUUCAAACGAACUGCAUGCAUAAAUAAAAAAAAUAUAUGUACAAA